ACUGGUGAAACGCGCCGUGAGUGGGCGCGUGGUGGAUACAGUGAAAUGCCCUCCCCAUUCCCCAACCAAAAUAACCGCCAAAGUCUCCCUCCCUCUCUCAGCCUCCGUCCCUCUCCAUCCAAAACCCCGCAAACCCACGCCAGAAAAAGGCGAGAAAGGGAGAGAACAAAGCAAAAUUUGGGUUCCUUUUCUCUCUCUCUUGCUGAGAUGCUAAAUCCCCCAUCCAAAGCCAUUCAUAUCCUAAACCUAAAUUUUCAUCAAAGAAUCUCAAACGGAAAAGAAAAAGGGAUGCAAAUCUUUGGAAGGCAUUUUUAUGGUAUAAAAUGAAAUGAACGGUGGUGGCGAUCCGAAACCCAUUUUCCUUUUGCAUUUCUUAUCAGGACGUCGAAGGAAAUAGGGUGAUCGCAAACCAUUGUUGCUUUCCAUUUUCUGUUGGAGCAUAUGCCGAUGUUUGAGCAGCCGGAGGAGGGAAAUUAUAGCCCUAUAAUUUCAUUCCAGAGGAGUGGGUCGUUAUCAUGCCCGAUUCCCUACUUGAUCACUGAUUCCCGUUCUCGCAAAAGCUUUUCUUACAGUAAGAUUCCCCAGAAGCCCCUCAAACUAACUGUCAUCAAAUUGGAUGGCUCCUCAUUUGAUAUUGAAGUGGCGAAAACGGCGACAGUGGCGCAGCUUAAACAGGCGGUGGAGUCGGUAUUUAGUCAUUUGCCGAAUAGGGGGCCAAAGAAGAUCUCAUGGCCUUUUGUAUGGGGACAUUUUUGCUUGACCUAUGAUGGCCAGAAACUACUUACUGAUACUGAUGAUAUUGGGAUUUACGGAAUCAAGGAUGGUGACAAGCUUCAGUUUGUCCGGCAUCUCUCAAUUAGCUACAAUAUGGUGAAGGAAAGAUCAAAAAAGGAGGAUCCUGAUUUGGAUGAACCCAGUGUAAAACGUUCAUAUCAAACCGACCUCAGAGGAACCUUUUGUUCUUUUUUCCUUUUUCCCAUCAUCAGGUUGGGAGCAUCCAGAGCAAAUGAUCAGAAGACUUCAAAGACAGACAAUUGUAUAGUGAACAGGACAUCAGUUGUAAUGAAAGGGAUCUCGAGGACCAAGAAGGUGUUUAUGGUGAUGAUGACAAGGAUAGUGGACUUUUCACGAAUUGCCGAUACAAGUUGCUCCAUUUGUUUAAAGGGUGGUUCUCAUACCGUAAGCUUCCAAGUUCAUAUGUGAGAGUGGAAGAGAACAGUGUUGUAUCAAGAUUGUCGUUCAGUUCUUUAGGAAGUUUGGGAGAUUCAGGGGCUUACAUUGAUGAGUAUGAUUCUGAACAUGAGACUCAGAAGGCACAGUAACAGAUGUCUAUGUGUCUCUGGAAUCUUCAACAUCAGGAGCAACACAUUCAUAUCAAACUGGUGGAGCUCCAGUAAAUAAAAGUCCUAUCAUCUCACCUUAUAAAGAACAUGUCUUGACUCACAUGUCUGAGAAGGUGAUAGAAUUUAAUUAUCAUGGAGGCUGGGUCAACAUCGUCCAAGAUGUUAUAAGUGAUGUCAACGACGCAAAGCGAAUAUCAUGAUUCAAGUUUGGCAUCUCUUUGUAUCACAGCUUCUUCCUCUGAAGUGAUUGCUGAAUUGAAUAUUGGGCUUGAUAACUGUAGGGUUCUCUUCAUUCCGGUGCCGUUCUUCUGUUGAUGGUCCAUUUUCUCUCAGCCUGCGGCAAGUCGAAGAAGCUAAUCUGAGUUAGGACACAGAGCAAUGAAUUAGGAAUUGCAUUUUGGCCAUGUUGUUGUAGUGCAACUGAAGCAAUCCUUUUCUUUCUUUUUUCUUUGUUUUUUGCGCAACAGAGCUGCACGACUAUAAUUUGAUCGGCUACCUCAAGGGGCGUGGACUAAAUUAGGAAUAGUCCAACGUACUCUCUGGCAAGUAAGCCGAGUCAUGCAAUCAAGUGUUGGGGGAAGUGCAGAAGCACCAAGGAUUAACCUGACUUGGUUUCCAGUAAUCUUUGUUUUCACUUCACAAUCAUAUUGUAGACAUUUGGUUCUGCUUUUGAUUUUAUUACACCAUUUCAGGAGACUUUCUGGCUGCUCUAAAUUGGAGAAAUGGAAAUGGUUGCAGAUAUUAGAACUGAAAA